UUUGGAAAGAGCGUGGUACCCCCAAAACCAAAUUUUCAGCCACCCAACUUCAUUUUUCGAUUUUUGGUGAACGUUAAGUGUUCAUGCAAAAACACAUCGCUAUUCGUUUAUUAAUAUGAUGAGUAAUGUUUGUACCAUUGUACCAAGACGUAGGUAUCCUAACAUUAAACACAGCCGCCGUGCAUCUGUUGAUCGACGUGACUUCAUGACUUGCCAGAUGAUUUUUUAAAAUUCAAAUACCUAUACCUAGACCUACCUAGACCUACCUACAUAUGUGUCAGAAAAUCGCUGGUGAAAAUUCUUCGUAACGUCUUACCUGUAGCAGUCGACAGAUUGAUUCGAUAAGUUAGGUACAACGAAACAAAUUUCACCGGUAGAAAUGAAUUUUUUAUGGAGAUCACUUUUUAUGGUAUCAUUUUCCAUACUCGUAGGCGGUGAAUGGAAGGAGUGGAACUUGGACUACAGGAAUUGCUUGAAAGAAAGAUUCGAGGGAUAUGUUGCAGCCAUGGAGAAAAUUUUUGCUCCCAAUAAUUCAUUAAAAGAGCACAGUUUUAUCAAAAAACUUAAGGAAGUCGACCCCAAAACAAUAAUGAGCUUGAAAGCAUUUUUGGAGCUAUUUGGAGAAUAUGUCAUCAAGUGUGCCCGGCAAUUGAAUUAUGACUUGGUCAUAUCAAAUAGAGAAACAUUGAAUAAGGCAAAAGGUGUUUUGUUACAUUUAUGUGCCAGCAUAAAAAAAAGGUGCCCGGACGUUUCAGAUCCGAUUCCACUAAGCACUGAACUUCAUGAAACGUUCAUUACUGUAUUAAAAGGAGAAGAAUCGCAAUUCGUGGAAAAAUGUGGAACAUAUGAUGCAGACGCGGCCCCAUUGUUGUACGACGAAUAUUAUAAAUCUGAAAUUAAACCUGGAAUGAAAGCAAGUACGAGUACGAAUACGGGUACAAGUACAAGUACGAGCACGAGUAAAAGCAGAGGUAUUUCCUUUAGAAAUCUUAGUGGUAUCAGUAGAUUAUUUUCUUCUCGAAGUUCUGCAGAUGACACGCAGUAAGUAAGUAGGUAAUGCAAAAUUUUGAAAGGUGUGCCUACGCUUACCUACCUACCUAUUUCAUAUUUUUAGGUAUAUGUACCCUAUGUACCUAUAUCUAAUAAUUGUAUAAAUCCAUAUUACAUACCUAACUAUAAUGAUACUUAAUUUCAUAUUUUAUUUCAAAAGAGUUUAGUUUUAAAUAACAUUAAGUCUUUAUUUUAGGUACAUACAUUAAGUACCUAAUUGAGUUAAGUGCCUGUGAAACGCAGAGCAGAAUACUAAUAAUACACGAUAUUUUAAAUAAAUUGUUGAUUAAAAAUUAAUUUAUUCUCCUUUCCCUUAAUCCCUUCGAUUGUAUUCGUAUGUAAAAACAUUUGAUUCUACGUUUUUAAAUAAAUUGAGAAGCUUCAAAUGACAUUUUUGGAUGAAAAAAAUGUGACCAUGAAAAUGAAAUAUUAGAAAAGUAUUCAACUUUCAUUAUUUUCAUCCUCAAUUCUUCCAGAAGGAAGUGGUAAGAGCCACUCACAGAUUUUGUGAGGUCUGACUCUACCUACCAUCCUAUACCUACCUAAGACUCUCGGGUGAGCUAAUUUUCAGAUUUUUCAAAAUCUGACAAAGCCCACAUGCAGUGGUCUGAAAUCUCAAAGUAGUAGCCAAAAUUCAAAAAAUCUUCAGAAUCGAAAAGUCUCAAAACUUGAUUAUGAAUACUUUUUGGAAAGAGCAAAAUAUAUGGUC